GAGACUCAUCCUCGGUACUCGAACUAUAAAAGCGAAAGGCAUCUCAUAUCAAAUCAUUCGUUUUUAGUCUCUCAAUUAGUAGAAUUAUGAAAUUGUUUUUGGUUUCAGUGUUGGUGGCGGUGGCGACCGCAGCUCGGCUCGAAAACACGUAUUUGCCGCCAAGUAGUGCCCAAACGGCCGGCGGCAGCAGCAGCUUCCUCAACGCCCCCAGACCGAGCGCAUCUACCAGUGAAUAUUUGUUAAUUUUUUCAUCAUUUCUCUCUAGUUACGAAACCGAAAACCGCAUCUCUCACGAGGAAUCCGGUCAAUUGAAAAAUCCUGGUACCGAUAACGAAAUCAGUUCAGUUCAAGGCCAAUUCUCUUACACCGGUGACGAUGGUGCAACUUAUAGUAUCACUUAUACAGCUGAUGAAAACGGGUUCCGUCCUGAAGGAGCGCAUCUUCCUGUUGCACCCCCAAUUCCUGCUGAAAUCCUGAAAGCUCUGGAGCAAAAUGCCGCUGAUGAAGCUGCUGGUAUUGUAGACGAUGGGCAAUAUCGUGCUGAGCAUCAAGGUGAAGGUGCUGGAGGUGCUGGAGGGUUCUCAGGAGCGACUGGUGGUGCUGGUGGGUUCUCAGGAGCGACUGGUGGUGCUGGAAAGUUCUCAGGAGCGACUGGUGGGGCUGGAGGGUUCUCAGGAGCGGUUUCGAACCAGUACCUUGGACCCAAACCUAGCUCGAGUUCGGGUUCCGGCGGAUACAGAUACUAAAUAAUCGACUGCAACAAGGCUGUAUUUUAUUAUUUAUUGUUAAAAACUACAAAAAUAGAGCAAUUUUUAUGGUAAA